AUGGAUAGCACUAAAAUAGAGAGCGAAACUCAAAAAUUCCAAAAAUCUUCUUCAUCUGAUAAACGAUUAAGAGUACAAAUUACGGAAGGAGAUCUGCUUUGUGUCAAUCAUUGUGGUUUCUACGGCACACCACAAUGGAAGGGGAGAUGCUCGAAAUGCUGGCGAGCUUAUCAAAUGGAGGAGAAGAAAACACAAUACUAUACCAAAAAUAGAGAACUUCUAAGUUUCGAGAAAUUUGAGGGACGUCGGAAGCUAUCAACAGAAAGUCGUUCACUAACAUUGAAGGCGAUUCUUCGAAAAUCACCAUCAACUGCGAAUUCAAAUUCCUUCCAGGAAACAGGACAUACAGCAACUCCGUCACAGUCUACACUCUCAUCUCCUGUUACACCAAUAAGGCAUCGUCUUAGUGAAGAAAGCAGCUCUGCUUACGAUCGUUUUCACGAGUUUCUUCAAAGUAAUCUUCCUCAAACAACUGCUCAUGAGAUAGAUCAGCAAACACAUCAUGCUGUUGAUAAAAUUCUGGAACAACAGAACGUUAAUAUGGACGACCUCUCUAGCAUGGUACAGCAUUUCUAUCAAGUGCUUGCGGAUAAAAUGCGUCACAGCCCCAUUAUGAAUGAUUCAACGGUUAAUGUGAGCGUUGAAGAGGUAAUGGCAGAAGUAGAGCAGUAUAUAUGCAUACGGGCGUAUAGCACAUUGUUCUGUGCUAGAGCUGACGAAGAAACUGCAGAUCUAUCUUUGCAAGAUAGAAUACGGUCUUUGAAUUGGGUUACGGCAGGUUUUCUGGAAACCACUCUCGAUUUUAGUCAAGAAUCGGUUCGUGACAAAUUAGAUGAAGCAAUAACUGAGAUUAUUGAUAUGAACAGCCAUCGAGGAGCAGCGGAGAAGUUGCAGUGUCUGGUUCGUUGCUCGAAAAUGAUCUUUGAGGCGCUUAAAGAAAGCCGUUCAGGCGCUCCAGCUGGUGCCGAUGAAUAUUUGCCGGUACUAAUUUUUGUGAUUCUGAAAGGAAAUCCACCACUUAUUCAAUCAAACGUCAAAUUUGUCAGUCGAUUUGCUCUGCCGGCCAGGGUUUUGAGCGGCGAGUCAGGUUACUAUUUUACGAAUGUAAGUUGCGCACUACAAUUUGUGCAAAAUAUGAAUGCCGAAAGCUUAAAAAUGCCAAGAGAGGAGUUUGAGGCGUACACUUCGGGACAUCAAGUACCUCCAUUGAACGCAAUGAAUAUGGGAUGUAACCAGUCGAUUCGGACUAUGGAAAAUUCUUUGGUACAAGUACGACAGUUGAUGGAAAGGCAAAAAAAUCUGAAGGAGCGGAUGAACGACCUUGAAAUACGUGUGAAAAGGGAAACAGAUGAAUUGUCAGCGGAAGUAGAUGAAAUCCUCAGUACAUAUCCAACGGAAGAACUGAAGCAUUUAACCAAACAGGUUAUCAUUCAAGAAGCGGAACUACUUGAAUCUCUUUCAGCACCAUCGUCCAUUCUACUGAACCUAUCACUUCCUUCUCAAGAGCUUGACUUUAUUGAUUACGGCAAUUCAGAUACCGAAGAACAUGACGAUCUCGAAAAAGAGAAGAAAGGUGCUGUUACAUCUCAGCUAUCAUCUGUCCAAGAUUUGACCUAA